GUUCACUUUCCCAAGGAUCCCGCUGCCCAUCCACGCCAGGGCGUUUCUAGUGUAACGUCCGGACUAGUGCAGAAAGUGUUUCGAAAAAAUACAGACCUCCAGUUUCUAGCUGAUUGUGAUGGAGACAAGCCUUAAAGUUGUCCCGGUCAUAAUUGAGAAACAGAAACAGAAAUCUAGUUUGCUCUUGGCCUUGGCUCUUGUCGGAGCUAAAGCGUUUUCACCUUUAAAUUAUAUAUUCUUUAUAAAUAAAUAUAACAUUUUAUAUUAUGUGUAUGAUUACUGUAUAUAAUUACUACGUAUAAUACAAUACAAAUGAUAAUAUGAAGAUAAGCGUUGACGGAUUGAUUGUAUAUUUUCCAUACGAUUAUAUUUAUCCGGAGCAAUAUGCUUACAUGCUUGAACUCAAGCGUGGCUUGGAUGCCAAGGGGCAUUGUGUGCUGGAGAUGCCUUCAGGUACUGGCAAAACAAUUACUCUCCUAUCACUCAUUGUGGCCUAUAUGUUGGAGUAUCCCUUGAAUGUGACAAAGUUGAUUUAUUGUUCUCGAACAGUACCAGAGAUAGAAAAAGUUAUAGAGGAAUUAAAGAAGCUCAUAGAUUAUUAUGAGAUAGAAACUAAGAGCAAGCCAAAAAUUGUCGGCUUAGUUCUCAGCUCACGUAAAAAUAUGUGUAUACAUCCUGAGGUCAGUAAAGAACGAGAAGGUAAAAUUGUGGAUGGUCGCUGUCACUCUCUUACCGCGUCAUAUGUACGAGAGAGACACAAUCAUGACGAAUCCACUCCAAUUUGUAACUUUUACGAAGGAUUUGACAUGGAGGGUAGAGAACAGAUUAUGCCUCCUGGUAUUUAUUCUCUGGAUGAUUUAAAGGAUUAUGGGAGAGAUCGCGGAUGGUGUCCGUAUUUCCUCGCAAGAUUUACAAUCUUACAUGCACAAAUUGUGGUAUACAGUUAUCAUUACUUACUGGAUCCGAAAAUCGCGGAGACCGUUUCCAAAGAACUGAGCAAAUGUUCGGUAGUUGUCUUCGACGAGGCUCACAACAUCGAUAACGUCUGCAUCGAUUCCAUGAGCGUGAAGAUAAAUAGGAAGCUGAUGGAGAGAAGUACGAAUAAUAUACAGCUCUUGGAGAAAACCGUGGCCGAUAUGAGAGACUGUGACGUGAAUAAGUUGAAAGAUGAGUACGAGAGGCUAGUUGCGGGUUUGAAGGAUGCUCAGCUUGCGAGAGAGACCGACGUUAUCCUGGCUAAUCCCGUAUUACCGAACGAAAUAUUCGAAGAGGUCGUGCCGGGCAACAUACGAAAUGCCGAGCAUUUUGUCAGCUUCCUGAAACGAUUCGUCGAGUACCUAAAGACUCGUCUGCGCGUCCAGCACGUCGUGCAAGAGUCGCCCGCGACGUUCUUGAGGGACAUCCAAGCGAAGGUCUCCAUCGAGCGGAAACCGUUGCGAUUUUGCGCUCAGCGAUUGGCGUCCCUCUUGCGUACCAUGGAGAUAACAGACAUGACGGAUUUCUCGCCGAUAAUCCUAGUGACGCAUCUUGCGACUUUGGUCUCCACGUAUACACAGGGGUUCACGAUCAUCGUGGAACCGUUCGACGAUAAAACGCCUACAGUCCUGAAUCCCAUCUUGCACUUCAGCUGUUUGGAUUCUUCGAUCGCCAUCAAGCCCAUAUUCGACAGGUUCCAAUCUGUGAUAAUUACCUCCGGGACGCUCUCCCCGUUGGACAUGUAUCCCAAGAUUCUCAAUUUCCACCCGGUCAUAAUGUCAUCGUUCACUAUGACAUUAGCCAGACCGUGUCUUCUGCCCAUGAUCGUGGCCAAAGGCAACGAUCAGGUAGCUAUUUCGUCGAAAUACGAAACACGAGAGGACGUGGCCGUCAUAAGAAAUUACGGUCAGCUGUUGGUCGAAUUCUCCGCGACGGUGCCCGACGGUUUAGUCUGUUUCUUCACGUCGUACCUGUACAUGGAAUCUGUAGUGGCUGCUUGGUAUGAUCAAGGCGUGGUGGAUCAACUUCAGAGGCACAAGCUGCUGUUCAUCGAGACACAGGACUCGGCGGAAACCAGUUUAGCUCUGAUCAAUUACAUAAAGGCCUGCGAGAACGGCAGAGGCGCGGUGUUGCUUUCGGUCGCUCGUGGAAAGGUAUCCGAAGGUGUCGACUUCGAUCAUCACUUGGGCAGAGCCGUGCUGAUGUUCGGCAUACCUUACGUGUACACGCAGUCGCGAAUCUUGAAGGCGCGCUUGGAAUACCUCAGGGACCAGUUUCAAAUACGAGAGAACGAUUUCCUAACUUUCGACGCCAUGAGGCACGCCGCCCAGUGCGUAGGACGUGCGAUCAGAGGCAAAACGGAUUACGGUAUUAUGGUGUUCGCGGAUAAGAGAUUCUCAAGGAUAGAUAAACGAAGCAAAUUACCGAAAUGGAUACAGGAGCAUUUGACCGACAGCCUAUGCAACUUAUCUACCGAAGAAGCUAUACAGAUCAGCAAAAGAUGGUUACGACAAAUGGCGCAGCCGUUCACGCGCGAGAAUCAGCUUGGAUUGUCGCUGCUAACGAGGGAGCAACUCGAGAAAGAAGAGACUGCCAGGAUCGAAGAGAAAGCGCAACAAAAUUGAUAGACCGAUGUAUCGACAAUAGGCCGAAAUGAUCCGUCUUAGGCUAAUUAAUUUCCCAAUCAAUCAAUUAUAUCUGUGAUCUGUGCCAUUUGCAGGAAAUAUGUCACGAUGUUGAGAUGCGAACAUCUAUUUAUAAAUUUGUACUUCCGAUCGCAACAAGUGUACUUUUACGGAAUGUAAAAUAUAUACCUAGUGGAUGUA